UCUUCUCCCUUUCUCUCUCGCUCUCUCUCAAUCUCUCCUUCUCAUUUCCUCUUCAUGGUUGGAUUCGUUCCGGUUUCCAAAUUUCUUCAUUUCGUGAGUUCUUUUGAUCUUCUUCUUCCAUGGAUUCGGUUAUCAUUGAAGCAGAUGAGCGGGAGGCGCUGGCAUCGGUCGUCCCUGCUCAUCCGCUGCCACCGCGUAAGACGCAUUCCUAUGUUGAGCAAUGUGAACAGAAGCCGCACCACCCGAUCCGCAAAUAUAGCCUUGAUGAGGGCUCUAGAUCUGUAACGUCGGAUUCCGAAGCUAUUUAUUUUGAUUCCUCCGGCGAGUUCUCCACCGAAGGAGUAGUCAUCAUCAAUGGCAGAACCGGUGGCGAAAGAGGCAACGGGGAGGAUUACGGUUUUGUCACACCUCCAUCCAAACCAGCAUCACAGCUAGGUGGAAAUGACGGCGGCAAGGAGGAUGGUAUCGAGUCCCUUCCAGAAUUCAUCGGCGCAGGAGGAGGCGUUGACGUAUUCAAAGUGCCUGUGCGUGCUGCGGUGAAUCCUGGACGGCCGCCAUGUCUCGAGCUCCGACCGCAUCCGUUAAGAGAGACACAGACGGGAAAGUUUCUCAGAAACAUUGCUUGCACAGAAAGUCAGCUAUGGGCGGGACAAGAGAACGGCGUGAGGUUCUGGAACUUGGAGGAAGCAUACGAGGUUGGUUGUGGCCUUGGUGGGCAGGUACGUCGAGGGGAUGAGGAUACAGCACCGUUUCAUGAAUCUGUUCCGACCUCGCCUGCCUUGUGUUUGAUGAUUGACCACGGCAAUAGGCUUGUGUGGACCGGCCACAAGGAUGGCAAAAUUAGAGCCUGGAAAAUGGAUCAGCCGAGUACGACUACUGCGGAUGAUUCAAAGCCUUUCAAGGAACGACUCUCGUGGCAAGCUCAUCGUGGUCCUGUGAAUUAUAUUGUCAUAAGCUCAUAUGGUGAUAUGUGGUCAUGUUCUGAUGGCGGAUUGAUAAAAAUAUGGACGUUGGAUUCUUUAGAGAAGUCUCUGGUGCUUAAGCCGGAGGAGAAGCAUAUGGCUGCAUUGUUAGUGGAGAGGUCUGGCAUUGACCUGAGGAGCCAAGUUACUGUCAAUGGUACAUGCAGCAUAUCUUCAUCAGAUGUCAAGUUUUUGUUAGUUGAUACAGUAAGAGCUAAAGUGUGGGCUGUGCAGCACCUAUCAUUCUCAAUCUGGGAUGCCCAGAAUAAAGAGCUUGUGAAAGUUUUUAAUAUUGAUGGCCAAGUCGAAAAUCGUGUGGACAUGCCACCAACGCAAGGUCAACAAGUUGAAGAAACGAAAGUGAAGUUCUUCUCGGCACCAAAAAAGGAAAAGUCACAGGGGUUUCUGCAACGAUCGCGCCAUGCCAUAAUGGGAGCUGCAGGAGCUGUUCGUCGAGCAGCCACUAGAAGUACAGGAGCUUUUGCAGAAGACACUAGGAAGGUAGAAGCUAUUGCGAUAGCGGCAGAUGGAUCAAUUUGGACUGGAAGCAUGAAUGGCGUAAUUGCUCAGUGGGACGGAAAUGGAAACCGUUUGCGGGAGGUGAAUCAUCAUCAGCAGGCUGUUCUGUGCUUUUGCACUUUUGGUGAUCGAAUAUAUGUGGGUUAUGCAAGUGGUUACAUCCAGGUCUUGGAUCUUGGUGGAAAGCUAAUUGCAAGCUGGGUUUCACACAAUGAACCUGUGAUAAAGCUAGCAGCAGGUGGUGGUUUCAUUUUUAGCUUAGCCACUCAUGGUGGUGUAAGAGGAUGGUAUGUGACAUCUCCAGGACCUCUGGACAGCGUAAUCCGAACGGAACUCUCUCAAAAGGAAAUGACCUAUGCUCGACAAGACAGUGUUAAAAUCUUGGUUGGUACCUGGAAUGUUGGUGAAGGGCGGGCCUCACGUGGGGCGCUUGUGUCUUGGCUGAGUUCUGCUGUUUCAGAUGUCGGCAUUGUUGCUAUUGGGUUGCAAGAGGUGGAUAUGGGGGCUGGCUUUCUUGCCAUGUCCACUGCUAAGGAAACGGUAGGGGUUGAAGGAAGUGCCGUGGGCCAAUGGUGGCUUGAUGCAAUUGGAAAUGCACUGGAUGAGAGAAAUACUUUUGAACGUAUGGGUUCAAGGCAGUUAGCAGGACUGCUAAUAUCUCUUUGGGUGAGGAAGAGUAUAAGAACACAUGUCGGAGAUCUUGAUGUCGCAGCAGUUCCAUGUGGCUUUGGCCGCGCCAUUGGCAACAAGGGAGGUGUGGGUUUGAGAAUCAGAGUUUAUGACAGAAUUAUGUGCUUUGUGAACUGUCACUUGGCUGCUCACCUGGAGGCAGUUACUCGGAGAAACGCGGAUUUCAAUCACAUAUAUCGGUCAAUGGUCUUCUCUAAAGGACAAAGUGUAUAUACUGCUGCAGCUGGUAUAGUACCGUACCUGUUUUUGUCUUGCUCUCUUGGCUUCUCCACGUACUUAUUUUGGCUCCUUUAUUCUUCUGGCUUGCCAUGGGCCCUCUCUCUUGCAGCUGGUGCGUCAACUUCUGCUCAAGCUCUAAAGAAUAACACUAAUACAAACAUCAGCAGUGAAGAGGAGAAGUCUGAUUUAGCAGCAGCAGAUCUGGUUGCAUUUUUCGGUGACUUCAAUUAUAGGUUGUUUGGUAUAACCUAUGAUGAAGCGAGAGACUUCAUUUCCCACCGGUCUUUUGAUUGGCUUAGAGAGAAAGACCAACUUAGGCAAGAGAUGAAUGAGGGAAAAGUGUUCCAAGGAAUGCGUGAGGCGUUAAUCACCUUCCCGCCAACUUACAAAUUUGAAAAGAAUAAACCAGGUCUUGGAGGGUAUGAUUCAGGGGAGAAAAAGCGAAUACCAGCGUGGUGUGACAGAGUUAUAUAUAGAGACAAUCAAUCACUCACAUAUUCGGAGUGUAGUUUGCAGUGUCCUGUAGUUGCAUGUACUAUAAUGUAUGAAGCUUGUAUGGAUGUGACUGAGAGUGAUCACAAACCCGUGCGGUGCAAAAUUCAUGCUAACAUAGCUCACACCGAUAAAUCUGUGCGAAGACAAGAGCUAGGGAAAAUAGUAAGGUCCAAUGAGAAACUCAUAUCCAUGUUCGAGGAACUAAAAUCGGUUCCAGAAACAUCAGUGAGCACCAACAACAUUCUUCUUUAUAGUCAGGACACAUUCAUCUUUACAAUCAGAAACACUUCAAACUCUAGUAGAGCCAUCUUCAACAUCGUCUGUAAGGGUCAAACUCUCGUUAGAGAGGAUGGAGAGGAACCCGAGAAUAGAGGCACCUUUGGUCUCCCUCGCUGGCUCGAGGUUUCUCCAGGAGCUGGGAUUAUAAAACCAGAUGCUUCACUGCAGGUGAAGGUUCAUCAUGAAGACUUUCACACCUCAGACGAGUCCAUUGAUGGCAUCCAACAAAACCCAUUUUGUGAAGAUAGUUCUGACAAGGAAGUGACCCUGAUCAUAAUCGUUCAGGGAAGCUGCUCGACCAGAACAACAAGCCACUCUAUCAAAGUCCGUCACUGCUCAUCAGCUGCCAAAUCCCUUAGUAUUGUUCAUUCUAAAACGACCAGCGUGACAAAGAAUCUAGAGGGUUCCACGCGUUACCAGACAGAGUCUAACCGCGGUGGAAGCACCAGACACAGAACCGAUGACUCCACCAGACGGUGGUUGAUGAUGAUUCCUGUUACAUCACAACUAUAGCUAGAUCUUAGGAACAGAACUGUGAUGCCAUCAAAAGAAACGCUAACAGACCCAGUAGGAGAUUAAAAUUCUUAUAUUCACAACUAAGGAUUCGGAUUACAUUCAGUUAUAGUUUCUUCAUUUUCA